AUGUCUUUCAUCGACUUUGACGCACCGCCUAACCUGACUCGCAGACCUGCACGCGAAAUGUCCGAGGAGCGCGUUGUUGCGCCGGCGAGCACGCGUAAGCGCACGCAUACACAGGUGGAUAACGAUCGAGAGGAUGAAAGAGCACACGACGACCACAGCGCACACAAGCAAACAGUCGACGAUAUAUUCGAGUCGAUAGGCGACGACCUCGCCACAGCCAAGCAGCCGGCCGGGGGAGAAGACGACGACGACGGCGCGGUUCAAGGCAAACCUAGACGCGUGGUGGCCAAGAUAGAUGCAGAGAGACUCCUCGGCACACACGGUUUACCUGCGCUCAUGCACGAUAGCGCUCACUGGAAAUUCGCAGGUAAGGGGCACGAAUGGGCCGAUUUGCGUAGGCUGCUCGCCAGAUACCACCUUUGGACACAUAAACUUUUCCCUAAAUUGCAGUUCGGCGAUGUCGUAGAACGCACGGAGAAGAUUUGCCAUCAGCGUCGUAUGGAGGCUGCUUUAAAGGGGUGGAAGGAUGCUUUGAGAAGGGGUGAAAUGGGUGUCGGUGGUGUCGGUGGUGUCGGUGGUGUGGAUGGUGUGGAGCUGGAGCGGGAGGGAGAGAACGAUCACGACAAGGUACACGACAAUGAGAAUGCAUCAGAGAAGCACCAACAAGAUGCCCUAUUUAGAUCGCCAUCGCCACCGCGAUCACCACCGCCACCGCCACCGCGUAACAAGGCUGACACGCACGAUGACAUUCCAGACGACAUACCGCCAGAUGAUGAACUGGGCGGGAUGGACGCAGACAGGGAUGCACUGGAGAACGAAGCAUUGGCAGAGCUAGAGAGGGAGCUGGGUGGAUUUUGA